AUGUCCGAAUCGGGCCUCAAGUUUCUCGAAGAGUCGAUGUUCUUUGCCAUUCUCGUGCUGACAAGGAUGCCAACUACGCCAACUCCUCUGCUGUCGCAUAUUUCUAUGAAGAGUUCUUCUCCAGUUUCAUAUACGGCGUUCAGCAGUUCUCACCGACUCGUCUCGAGAGCUGACAGGGAGUCGAUCACAUGGACAUCAAAACAGAAGAUUACCACACCCUCGAAGUUGCUGUGCGUAUCACUUCCAAAACAGCUAUGGAGGGUCAUUUGCGAAUAA